UUGGUAGAUAUAGAUGUCAAACCAAUCCCGUUACUGACAUAUGUGAUGACCUGCAGACCUGCCUCUAUAACCAGCCGAUAGCCAGACCGGAUGAAAGCUACAAGACGUAGACACAACAGACUGUUUAUAUCUGUUUGCAAAACCGAGCGAAAGUUCACUCACUUUGUUAAGGUGACAGAUUUGUACACCAGUGGCAAUGGGAAAAUGCUGCAAGUGCAAUGGGAGACUGUUAUGCAUGUGUCUGCUUCCUUGUAUGAUGACCGGCCACCUUCUGAUUUACAUCAUGGUGUCUAUAUUCGUGACCAUCUCAUAUGCUCCUCCAAAAAUAACUAUUCACUACAUUGCCCCAGGGAUUUCUGCUAAUUCUUCAGCUUUGGCCUCUCACCCACUUGGCCCUUUCUGGAACCUUCGUUUGGAGGACGGUGCUCUGUGGAACCAGUUGCAGCAUGCUUGGGAUCGUCAGCACAAUCCAAUACUAAGAAGAAACACAACGGGGAUAAAUAGGAAGCCCAAAGCUCAGCUUUCAACAGAAAUCAAAGAUGACUGCCUUUCUGACUGUACGUCACACAAGUGUUCAGUCCCUCAUGCGCAUGAUUUUAACAGCUUGCCAGAGCAAAUUAGGGCAUUUAUCAAGUCAAUGCACUGCAGAGAGUACCCCUUCCUUAUCAACCAGCCUGGUAUGUGUAGGAGGCGCAGCAAUAGCUUUGGAGCGGACUCCCCCAUGCUCCUCAUUGCAAUCAAAUCUCAAGUUGGAAACUUUGAAAACAGACAGGCCAUUCGUGAAACAUGGGGACGCAGUGGUCUGGUCAGAGGGGAAACAAGUAAGAAAGGAGGGCUGGUGCACACGAUUUUCCUGCUUGGAAGACAGGACUCAAGUACAGGUCCUUACCCAGAUCUCAAAAACCUCCUGGAGCUUGAGAGCCAGAAGUAUAGAGAUAUUCUUCAGUGGGAUUUCAGAGAUACUUUCUUUAAUUUGACAUUAAAGGACCUGCUGCUGUGGCAAUGGCUCCAGAAAUACUGCCCCACUGCCACCUUUAUCUUUAAAGGGGAUGAUGAUGUCUUUGUUCGAACGGAUGCCCUUCUGGAUUAUUUGCACAAAGAGAGGGAAGAGCACAAUUUGUGGAGAGGCUAUACAAAUGAUACUGAGAUGAAUUUGUUUGUUGGGGAUGUGAUCAGUAAUGCAAUGCCAAGCCGUGAGCCGUCUACUAAAUACUAUAUACCAGAAACUUUUUACAAAGGUGUGUACCCAUCUUAUGCUGGUGGAGGAGGGGUUGUGUAUUCUGGUUCACUUGCAUUACGUUUGAAAGAAGUGUCUGAGAGAGUCCACCUUUUCCCAAUCGAUGAUGUGUAUCUCGGCAUGUGCCUGCACAGACUCGGGCUCUCUCCAAGGCAUCACCCUGGGUUUUUAACCUUUGAUCUCUCAAUAACAGACAGGGAAAAUCCCUGUGCAUACAGAUCUGUUCUCCUUGUUCACAAAAGAAGUCCCAAGGAGAUGUUGACACUGUGGAAACAGCUCCAGAAUCUGCACGGUCAAUGCUGAGGCUCAUUUGCUAAUCAAAUAGGAUUCAGUGAAUACAUAAUGAUGACACUACCAUAACACUCAUUUGAAAAGAAAUACACACUGUGACUCCAACCUCAAGUUAAGAAGGCAGUGUCCGAUCAAGGUCAUGUAUAAUCACCUUCUGGAGUAUCUGGAACUCUGGGGAGGAGAGUGAUCUACCUCAAAGUGUACUUUUAUUAUGCUAGCAUUAAAGAUUAAUCACUCAUUUCAUGACUUUGUCCUCUUUUAACUUAAGAUCUUAAUUUAUUCCAUAAAAAUAUAAAAUAUUAUAUGCUGUUUUUGUAAAUAAAAUAUAUGUUUUGUCUUUUUUGUUAUCUAGCGGCUGUUAUAACAUUAUUAGUGAUUUGCUGUUUAAUUUUUUUUUCCAAAGAAGGAUGUAAGUCAUAGAAAGAUUAUGUUGUGUUACAGGAGCUUUAUACAGCAUGUCACUCAUUUUAUCUCAGUUACUAAAGACAGAAAUCCAUAAUAAAUGAUAAUCUUGUAUGUGUGGCUUUCAAGUUAUGGAAAAGACUGUGGUGCAGUGGCUGAAUCUGUCAUUUCAUGGAGUGGAUGGUUCAUCACAUCACCUCUACUGACUCUGCAAGGGAUGGGAAUGGACUUGGAUAUAAAUUAAAUAAAUGUGUGUUGCUGUUCUCAAAGGAUGCUGCAAAAAUCUCUAAUAUAUGUUUUAUGGUUAAUAAACAGUUAAGGCAAUUUUCUGAAUAUUUGAAAUGGAUUAUUAUGAUCAUAGAGUUUUGUUUUUGUUGAAAUAACAUUACAACCAGACUGCAUCAUCUCUCUAAAAGAUUCUUGUAAGGAGUGAAAAUUUAAGCAGAAUGCAGCUCACACAUCAGAUUCUAAUGCUCACAAGGUUCUUCUUUGUUCUUGUCUAGUCGUGACUAUUGAUCAUGGUACUAAUAGGCAGACAGUGGUUUUGGAGUAAUGCAUGUGCAGGAGAUGAGUGUCUGAUGACCACAAGAGGAGCAUUACUGAGCAGAUUAACUCUUAUGAGCAAAUUGAAAAGUGGGUAGAAGCCAACUAAUGUUUGAUCAACUUUAUUAGGACAUGACUCUUGAGUGGCUGCUGCAAAAUACUGAUAUUCUGAUAAAUGUUUUUAGUUAUUUUCACAUAUGCUCUUUUGUUUUGUCUGAAGGUACAACUACAAUGUUGAAAUGGUAAAAAAAAAAAGAAAAAAAAAAGAUGAGUUAUGAAGUAGUAAUCACUGAAUCAGCCGUAAUAAUUUAUAGGGGGAACUUUGAACUAGUUUGUUGCAUAUAGGUCUACAUAUUUCUUCAGGUGUUAAUUAUUUGUUAUAGUAUUAUUAUUAUAAGGGCGUAUACAGAUGCAUCCAUGCUAGUGGAUGAUUUGAUAACGAUAGGAAAAAGUGGAUAAGUAUAGUGGUAGUUGUGGUUCAAGUUUUAUAUUUAUGUGUUGAUGGAUAAUGUAGUGUAGAGGGAAUAUGUGUGGGUUGGUUGUGUAUUCAUGUGCAUAUCUUGUAUGCUCUACAUUAGUAACUAAGUGAACAUGUGUAGUUGGGAUGUUUGUGGCUGCUCAUGUACUUACAUUAAGAAUGUGUUUGACUUAUUUUGAGUGUGGCAAUGAAAUUUAGAAAAAGGAGUAGGACUCAGAUUUUCUUCCUAUUA